AUGACUCUGAGUUUCCAAUUGUUUGCUAAGCGACCUUUUUGGUCCCAUACUUAUGUUAUUCCUAUCUAUUUUUAUCCUUUUGUCUACUAUAUAGGAAGUAAGUAUACUUUUGGUGAAAAUGAUACGUCAGGGGCUGUAAUAGGUAUGUUCUUUUGGGGGAUAGUUCAAGGGUUCUUAUUCUUAUCUUCAUUUUGGGGGAGUACCAUCUAUCAGUACGCUAAAUUGAAGCGAGUGGAUAGAAUUGAAGAGGCAACAAUGGUGCGUAUAGAGAAAGAAAGAGGGAUUGGCCGAUCUCAAAAAGUUGGAUUUUCUUAUCUCCUUUCAAAAACUUUAGUGAUUGGAGAUAAGAAAGAACGAGUUAAAUGGUUAGAAUUUGACAAUGAUGUUUUUUACUUUACCCAAUCGGGUUUUAAACAGUUAUCAAUUGAUUUAGAUCAUUCUUUACAGGAAUAUCAACAAGAAACAAUUACUAACAAAUUGUUAUCUGGUUUGAUAGAGAGAAGUAUUCUACCAAAGAAUGAGUUUAAGAUUGAGCCACCUACCUUUUUGAAUAUGUUUGCUGAACAUGCAGUUAGUCCUUUCUUUGUCUUCCAGAUCUUUUGUGCUCUCUUAUGGAUGCUUGAUGAGUACUGGAAGUACUCUCUUUUUACCUUUGCUUCAAUCAUAGUCUUUGAAGGAGGGAUGGUCUUCCAACGCCUCUCCAAUAUCAGGCAAAUGCGCAGUCUUAAUUUAGCCCCACAAAAGAUCUUAAGAAUUAGAGAUAACAAAAAGGAAGAAGUCUUAAGUAGUGAACUUUGUCCAGGUGAUCGUAUCUUUAUUGCCCAUAAGAUCCAAAUUCCAGCCGAUCUUUUGAUUCUUACAGGACAUGCAGUAGUUAAUGAAUCAAUGCUUUCUGGUGAAGCUACCCCUGUAGCCAAGGAAAGUAUUUCUGAAAGUCCGGAAAUCUUAUCUUUAGCCCGACAUAAAAAACACCUUCUUUAUGGUGGAACUAAGCUUAUGAAACUAGAUGAGCGUGGAAUUGAGUGUCGUGUCUUAAGAACUGGGUUUAUGACAGAACAGGGAGAACUUAUUAAGUCUAUGAUUGCUUCUGAAGAUGUAGUUGGAGAGAACAAUUACGAAGCUUAUCUUUUUAUCUUAGCUAUGUUGAUAUUUGCUAUCUGUUCUUGUGUUUAUGUCGUACGAGUAAGUGUUGGACUGGGUAAAACCGUCUACAAAAUCAUGUUAGAGUGUAUUAUGAUUCUAACUAAUGUAGUACCACCUGAACUACCUAUGGAAUUAACUAUUGCUGUUAACUCUUCUUUACAAGAACUAGUAACCCUAGGUGUUUAUUGUUUAGAACCAUUUAGGAUUCCUUUUGCUGGUAAGAUAACAGUUUGUUGUUUUGAUAAGACUGGGACCUUAACUGAACUGAACUACCAGUUGGAAAGACUGGAACAUGCUCAGGAUACUCAGGCUGAAGUAGUACUGGCCACUUGUCAUUCGGCUAUUGUAUUAGAAGGUAAGAUUGAAGGAGAUCCUAUGGACUUAUGCGGACUGGAGUUUGUUAAGGCCGAAGUUCUUUCGGAUGAUUCGGUUCAAGUAGAGGAAGCUACCUAUCAUACAAUCAAAAAGUACUCUUUUGAUAGUGAUCUCAAAAGAAUGUCAGCUUUGAUUCAAAAUGGUAAGCAAAUCUAUGCCGUUAUGAAAGGUGCUCCAGAAACAGUCAAGGACUUUUUAGCAUCAGUACCUGCCACCUACAGUGACUUUGAAGAAUUCGCUGCUAAAGGCUACCGAGUUUUAGCUUUAGCUAUUAAGGAAGUCCCUCUUCAAACUAUUCCGACAACUCGAGCGGCUUUAGAGGCACAAAUGAGUUUUGCCGGGUUUGCCCUUUAUAACUCUAAGCUCAAAGAUAAGGCUAAAGAAACAGUUGCCCAUCUGAUUACCAGUGGACAUAAAGUCAUUAUGAUUACUGGUGAUAAUGAAAAAACAGCUAUCAGUGUAGCUAAGCAAUUGCGCAUGUACAAUGAGCAUUUCUUAAGUGGAACUGAACAGAUCAACAAGUUCUUACAAUCUGUAUCUGAGAUGAGUUUAGAAGAAAAACAACGCGUAGUAUGGCCAUCAGUCUUUGCCCGGGCUAAUCCCGAGGCUAAAGAAGAAAUUCUUACUCUACUUAAUGCAUCAGGUGAGUAUACACUUAUGUGUGGUGAUGGAACUAACGAUGUAGGAGCACUUAAAACAGCCCAUGCCGGAAUUGCUCUUCUGGAGGGGACUAAGAACCGGGCUAAGUCUAUCGCCUUACCGGGUAAUAUUGGGCAAACGAUGUUUAUUCUGGAUGAAGAAAUUAAGCUAAAACUUGGUGAUGCGAGUGUGGCCGCUCCAUUUACAUCAAGAACUGGAUCUUUACAAUCAGUAAUUGAUGUGAUAUCUCGUGGUCGAUCGGCUUUAGUCAGUACAGUGCAGAUGUAUAAGGUUUUAGCUCUUAAUUCUCUUCUUUCAGCUUAUACUUUAAGUGUGUUUGAUACAAUGGGUAUUAAGUAUGGUGAUUUCCAAAUGACAGCUGCUGGUAUCUUAUCUGCUUUUGCUUUUACCUUUUUUGGUAAAUCAAAACCUUUGCCUAAGAUUAGCAAACAAAAACCAGUUGCUAAAAUAUUCAGUAGAUACAUUGUAGUAUCGGUUAUUCUGCAGACUUUAGUGCAUAUUUCAUCCUUUUACAUUACUUACCUGGGUAUUAUCCAGCACGGUCCGAUUGUUCUGCAGGAGAAGUUUGCUCCUUCCCUAGCUAAUACUGCUAUGUUCCUAUUGGGUACAGCUUUGCAAGUCACUACCUUGAUUGUUAAUUAUGUGGGUCGACCUUUCCGUGAAAGUCUUACAGAGAAUACUAAACUGUUUAAUUCUCUGGCUCUGACUAUGGUUAUGGUAGUUUGUUGCACUCUAGAGGUAUCGCGUGAGAUUAACGAGAAGAUGGAACUUGUUUCUAUUCCCUCGGUUUUAAAGACAAGACUUCUACUGGUUAUUGGAAUUGAUCUUCUUCUUUGUCUUGGUAUUGAAAAGACUGCAUUCGGUCUCUUCAUGAACAAGACACCUCAGAAGCCAGUCUCUAAAUUGAAGAAAUCCGUAUAA